UAGUCAACCUCAAGUCUUCUUGUGUGAGGAAAAUUUACACAGUGAUGUUGAACAAGCACUUUAUAAGGAGAAUAGCUUUAACCUGCUUGAUCUGAGAGUUAAUUAUAAAACAGAGGAGGUAAGAUUUUUAAUGGUUAGUACAGCCUGUAGGGUAUUAAAGGAUGUGUUUUUAAAAAACAAACAAAAAACACUGUAUGUAAUCUGAGAUUUUUGUAAGUAGUGCUAAAUCAGCUGAUCAGCAUGAGGGACAUUGCUUCUCUGGGGAAAAUGCCUUCUGAGAUCUUACUCAAUUUAGAAACAAUUUUUCUAAUAAAAUCAAGUACAUACUUGGGGAUUAGUUCUACCAAAUGAUAAUUUCUUUGAGGGUCAGGGCUCUGUCUUACUUAUCCUUUUAUGCACCCUAGCAUCUGCAUGAUGCCUUGAAUAUACUAAGCUUUUAUAUUUGGUGAAUCAUAUUGAUUGGAACUCAGAGUUUACAGUAAGGAAAAGGUUAGAAGAGGAAGAAGUACCGAGGUAUUAAUUACAUUAUUUGACAAGAAAAGUUUAUGGUUUUUCUAUCAUGUGGGAUUUCUACUGACAAGCAAAAAAUGUUUAUCUUUCUACAGAAGUGAAAACAUUAAUUUGUCUUUGAAUUGUUGAUUCUGGGUACGUAGUAUCCUAGGAGCACUGAAGAUGCCAACAGUAUAAAGUCUAUGUACGCUCUGAAUAAAAAAAUAAAAAAUUUAGGAACUUGUGUGGGCAAAUAGAUAACAACCCAAGAAUAGCAUAGCCGCUGCCUCCGCAUCGUGAGUUUGGUGAGCGCUGGGCUGUUGUGUAUCGUUUACAAGUAUGAGCAGGGUUUUGUUCAUUUAUUUGGAAGGAGCAUUUAAAAGAGAACUUUAUUUACCUGUUUUGAGUUCUGGAAAAGAACAUUUGAAAAAGCAGUUUAAUUAGGGUUUCUCAAGAUCGUUCCUUCCUAUUUCCCACUGCAUUUAGCCAUUCAGUCAGUCAAUAAAAACUGUCAGGCAUCUAUCAUGUCUUAGGCCCUGUGCUAUGUGUUGGUUAUAAAAUGGCUGAAAAAGAAAACCCAAACCAAAAGGAUGUGGGUUUUAUCCUCGUGAAAAGAACACCCUGGUAGAGGAGAUAGACUUAAAUAAUCACAUAAGUAAAUGUAAACCUUGAACUGUGGUAAGUGCUGUGAACAAAAGUUACAUAUAAAUUGUAUAUAAUGUUAUAUAAAAUUACAUAUAAACUUGCAACUAUGAUAGGUGCUAUGACUAAAAGUAAGAUGGGAGUCUUCCUGUCCUGGUCGGGGAGUUUGGGUAGGGCUUCCCUGAAGUGUAGUGGUAAUUGAGCUCAGCUCUGAAGGAUGAGUGGGAGUAGUUAGGUAACAGUGGGUGGGAGAGCAUUCCAUGCAGAAGUAACAACAAGUGCAAAAACCCUGUGGCUGCAGGGAGCAUGGUACCUUCAUUCAUGGAUCUGAAGGAAGCUUAAUGUUGCUGGGUUGGAGGGGGAAGAGGGAUGUUGUUGAUGAGGAUGGAAAGGUAACAUGGAUUAGAUAUCAAGGUCAAUAUCAGGACCUUGUAGGCCUCAGUAAGGAUAGUUGUCUUUAUCUCAGAACAAUGAAAAAAACACUAAAUAUAAGGUUCCAGUAUCCCUAAAUUCUAGAAAGUUAUUUAGCCCACCCCUUCAGAGAUCUUUUACUGGGUUGUUACGUCAUGUUCAUUUCAGUGUUUUCUUACUACAACUUACUGUCCUUUUUUAAACCCCCCAAACUGUAUUGUAGGCAGAAAGUCAAUCAUGAGGUAUGUUCGUCUGACUUUCUAAUGUUCACAGGAGUCAUAGCAUAGUGAGGUAAUGGUUUAAUGAGGAAUAAAAAAGUCUUUAUUCAAAAGAGGCCUCACAAGAGAGUGUCGUCCACAUCAUGGUGGAUUGAGCCCUUCAAUCUACAACUAGUAAAACAUCCACAACUCAACAAACAUGCAUCUGCUGCACAUACCAGGGUGCUGGAGAAUUCCACGCAGCUGUACAUCUAAAGGAGGGUGGACUGGAAUGCAUAGAGGAGGCAGAACCGGGGGAACAGUGGAGGUGGUGCCUGCAAUCCUGGUCCCCCAGCCAUGGUGGCUGAGCCCACGGCCUCAGAGAACCCAGUAGCAGCAGGAGAGGCGGCACACGUGACUCAAGCCUCCUGGCCACAGUAGCACUAGCCAACCAUAGGUGACUAGGCAGCAGUGGCAGUGGGGCCCACAACCUCAUCUCUCCAGCUGCAGAAGCACCCAUAACUCUGCCCCCCCAAAUCCAGCCCGCAAUGGCAGCACCCACGAACUUGACACCACCAGGCACGACAGGGUGCCCAUGAUCCCCACUGUCUUCCCCUCCCCCCAUGUUGGCAGAGCCUGCGACUCAGGGGAUCUUGGAUGUGGCAGAAGCGCCCACCACCGUCCCAGUGCCCCAGCAGCAGCAGCAGCAGCAAGGCACCAACCACCUUAGAGGCACAAGCAGCAAUAGCAAGGGCACCUGUCAGAGGCCAUGGAGGGUGGAAAGUGCCAGCUCUCAAAUGUAACCAGAGGUAGCACAGAUUGCACAUUCUUCAAAAGGAAUACAGAAUUCUACGGAUAUUCCUGAGAUGUCAGUCAGGCACCAAAAGGAAGUCGCAGUGGAGGGGAGGGAGAGUCCAGAGAUUGUCUCAACUUGGUCUCCGACAGGCAUUUCUUGGAGUGGUGGAGCAUCUUGGGAGGACUGCAUGACACCCGACAGAGAGCAGAGCUUGGAAAGCUCACAGCCUCUGGAAGAGGACAUGGCUUUAAACGAAGUCCUACGAAAAUUAAAGCAUACUAACAAAGAGCAGCAAACUCUGAUCCAAGACCUACAGCGUCGUAACAUGUAUUUAGAGAAGAAGGUUGAAGAACUGCAGAAGAAGACAACUAAAGAGCACGUGUUCGUGGACAUCAUCAAUAAGCUAAAGGAGAAUGUUGAAGAAUUAAUUGAAGACAAAUACAGAGUAAUGCUAGAGAAGAAUGAUACACAGAAGACAUUGCAGAAUUUGCAUGAGAUUUUAGUUAACACCCAAAAACAUCUUCAGGAAUCCAGGAAUGAAAAGGAAACCUUACAGCUAGAGUUUAAGAAGAUCAAGGGCAAUUAUGUUAGUCUACAGGAAAGGUACAUGACUGAAAUGCAACAAAAAAAUAAAGCUGCAAAUCAGUGCAUGGAGAUGGACAGAGCCUUAAGCAAGAAAGAAGAAGAGGUAGAGAGGCUGCAGCAACUCAAAGGAGAACUGGAAAAGGCCACCACUUCUGCUCUGGACUUGUUGAAAAAGGAAAAAGAGACCCGAGAACAAGAGUUCCUGUCUUUACAGGAGGAAUUUCAGAAACGUGAAAAGGAAAACCUGGAUGAAAGACAGAAACUGAAAUCUAGACUUGAGAAAUUGGUCGCUCAAGUUCAAAAUUUGCAGUUCAUAUCCGACAAUGAAAAGGCUAAGAAUACAGAACUCCAGCAGCAGAUCAACAAAGUAAAAAAUGAAAACUCAAAACUUAAGCAGCAGGUUGCAAGGAGUGAGGAGCAAAAUUAUGUUCCUCAAUGUGAGACAGCUCAACUCAAGGAGAACUUAGAGGAAGGAACAGAGUCAGAUAUGGCAAAGGAUGCAAAGAUGAUACAUUCUAAUUUGUUCCUGAAUCACUCACCUUGUGAAGGAGAGAGCCCGAAUCCCCCAGACGUGAAGAGAACUUCACAGCUGACUUCCAAAAUUCACAGUCUUCUGGCUCUGAUGGUACGACUUCUCAUGUGCCAGGACAUCACCAAUCCCGAUGCCAGACAUUUCAAAGAGAGUGAGAAAGUUAAUGAUAUCAUGCUACAAAAAUUGAAGAGUUUUCAUCUUAAAAAGAAAAAAUUAGAUAAAGAGCUACUGAAACAUAAAGACAGAAUCACAGCUUUCAGAGAGUUAAUUGCUAAUGAAAAAUCAUUUCAAGAUCAGGUUACAGAGGUUACAGACUUGGAUUCAAAUGAAGCCAAGAAUGUCGGAGAGGUACCUGUCUUACUGGGAGCCAAACUGGAUCAGUACCACAACCUAAAUGAAGAGCUUGAUUUCUUGAUUGCAAAAUUGGGAAAUCUUCUAGAGUUAAAAGAAGACCACCGCAACAGACUCAUUGAAGAAAAUGACAAGUAUCAAAGACAUUUAGGCAACUUAAUAAAUAAGCUAAUGUUUUUCAAGGUUGCAUCAUGCGAAGAAAUUAUCGAAUGUACUGACCGAAGGCUCAUGAUACCGAACUCCCAGAUUGCACAUUUAGAAGAGAGAAAUAAACAUUUGGAAGAUUUAAUUAGAAGGCCCAGAGAGAGCACCAGAAAACCAAGACUGAGAAGGCAUCCGAAGCCCGUGACCGUGGUAGAUCAUACUGAUGAUCACUAUAAAGAAUGCUGUAUUCCCAUGUAAUUGUUAAAUUACACAAAAUUAAAGAUGAGUUCCUAAAGUUA